AUGGACGGUAAUGUAACUAUGCCUACUCCCGAUUUCAACGUUGAACUAGAUCUAGGUGAACCACCGCCGGAACUGCUUGAAUAUGCUCGUAGUGGAUGUGGUGAGGAUCCCAAUACGCGUCUGCAGGCUAUACACGAGCUUCGAGAAAUGAUCUACGAACGAGGGGAGUGCACACCGUUACGAAUGGACGACGAGUUCCUAAUAAGAUUUCUUAGAGCUCGCAACUUUAUACCACAAAGAGCACAUAGACUGAUGGUCAAUUAUUACCGAUUCAAAGACGAAAAUUCGGAUUUAUUCGAAAACGUCUAUCCGUUGGACCUCAGGAAUAUUGGUGAUGCUAAUGUUAUGUCCGUGCCACCAUAUCGAGAUCAAGAUGGCAGAAGGCUGCUUAUGUACAGGAUUGGAUGUUGGGAUACAAAAACAAUAGGGGUCGACGAUUUGUUUAAGGCGACAAUAUUUGCGUUAGAGAUUGGUGUGCUUGAGGUACGCACCCAAAUACUGGGAGGUGUCGCUCUGUUCGAUCUUGAGGAUAUAGGCAUACAUCAUGCGUGGCAAGUGACUCCAUCUGUAGCAUCGAAAAUUGUCAAGUUAUUAGUGUCAAGUUUUCCUGCUACCACGCACGCUAUACACAUCAUCAACCAUUCCUGGGUCUUCGACAAGAUAUAUAACAUCUUCAAGCCAUUUUUGACCAGAGAUAUGCAAUCCAGAAUCUACUUCCACGGUUAUGACGUCACUUCACUUCACAAACACAUCCGGCCGGAAUACUUACCAGAGAGAUAUGGAGGUGUGUGGCCAGAUUUUAGCUAUACAGGUUGGCUGGAAUCGCUUAAAAACAACUAUGCUGUAGUUAAGGCAAUAAUUUCUAGUGGUUAUAAGUUUCGUGAUGAAGAAAUAGGCUCUGAAGUCGUAAGACGACUUAAGGAGGAAGGGAUCAAACUAUUUUAA